AUGGUGAAUAGGAACGACCUGACAGAGUUUUUUCUACUAGGGCUUAGAGAGAAUCCAAAGGGGCAGAAAAUUAUAUUUGCUGUGGGUUUUGUCAUCUACACCAUCACUGUGAUAAAAAAUGUGCUCAUUGUGGUCACCAUUACUCUCAGCCCAUCAUUGGGGUCCCCUAUGUACUUUUUCCUGGCCUAUCUCUCCUUUAUUGAUGCCUGCUAUUCCUCUGUUGAUACCCCUAAACUAAUCAUAGAUUUGUUCCGUGAAAAGAAGCCCAUCCUAUUCAAUGGACGUAUGACUUCAGUCUUUGGGGAACAUUUCUUUGGUGGCUCAAAGGGUAUCCUACUUACUGUGAUGACCUUUGACCAUUCUGUGGCCAUCUGUAAGCCCCUGCACUACACCAUCAUUAUGAACUGGCAGGUUUGUUGCCUACUAGUGGGAGUACUGGGGGUAAGAGGCUUUCUUCACACAACCAUACAGAUCCUCUUCAUCAUCCAGUUACCCUUCUAGCCUUCUGUCAUAGAUCACUUUAUGUGUGAUCUGAACACUUUGGUCAAUCUUGCCUGUACUGACACCUACACUCUUGGGCUCUUCAUUGCUCCCAACAAUGGUUUUAUUUGCAUGUUAAAUUUCCUUCUCUUGAUGGUCUCCAGUGUGGUCAUCCUGCACUCCCUAAGAACCCACAGCUUGGAAGGGAGGUGCAAAGCCCUCUUUACUUGUGUCUCCCACAUCACAGUGAUCAUCUUAUUCUUUGUGACCUGCAUAUUUGUGUACAUGAGACCCAGAGCUACUUUAUCCAUUGAUAAAGCAAUUGCUUUAUUCUACACUGUCAUAACUUCCAUGUUAAACCCUUUAACCUACACCUUGAGAAAUGCUCAGAUGAAAAAUGCCAUUCACAAAUUUUGUAGUAGGAAGGGUAUUUCAGGUGACAAAUAA